AGUGAUGGCUUGUAUGCAUCUUAACCUUGUCGUAGUAUAACUGAUAAAAAUCCAUCGAAAAUGAACGUAUUUUCGGCUUUAAAGCUUUACAUCACCAAAAUGACCGAAGAGAGCGGUCCUGGUAUGAAAGUGCUUCUAAUGGAUAAGCAAACGACAAGCAUUGUUAGUAAUGUUUACAGCAAAUCAGAAAUUUUGCAAAAAGAAGUUUACUUAUUCGAACGCAUAGACAGUGGAGCGCAGCCCGAGGGUCUUCGUCACUUGAAAUGCAUUGUAUUUUUGAGGCCAACUGCAGAGAAUAUUUCCCUACUCUGUAGAGAGCUGAGGUACCCAAAAUAUGGGGUGUAUUACAUAUAUUUCAGUAACAUAAUAGCAAAGGCUGAUAUAAAAACAUUGGCCGAAAGUGAUGAACAAGAAGUGGUGAGAGAAGUUCACGAAUUCUAUGCCGAUUACCUCGCAUUGAAUCCCCAUCUAUUCUCCUUUGGGAUAAAUGUUUGCACACAAGAUCUAAGGUGGAUACCAACACAUUUGCAGCGUACAGCUCAAGGAAUAAUUUCAGUUCUACUAUCCCUCAGAAAAUGCCCAUUCAUUAGAUACCAGGGUGGUUCAGAAAUGUCUAAAAUACUUGCUGAAAAAAUCAGAGAAACAUUCAGCAAGGAAUCAAACCUUUUUGACUUUAGACAAGAACUUAAUCCCAUGUUACUAAUUCUCGAUAGACGUGAUGACCCUGUUACCCCAUUACUUAACCAAUGGACAUACCAGGCUAUGGUUCAUGAACUUUUGACCAUUAAUAAUAACAGAGUAGACUUAUCUCACGUUACUGGCAUUUCCAAGGAACUGGCAGAGGUAGUUCUCAGUGCCGAGCAUGAUGAAUUUUAUGCCCAAAACUUGUACCUAAACUUUGGUGAAAUUGGACAAACGAUAAAGACACUGAUGGAUGAUUUUCAAAAGAAAUCAAAGAAGAACCAAAAGUUGGAAAGUAUAGCUGAUAUAAAAAAUUUUGUGGAAAUGUAUCCGCAAUUCAAAAAGAUAUCUGGUACAGUGUCAAAGCAUGUUACUGUUGUUGGUGAACUUUCAUCUCUUGUCGGAAAGCAUAAUCUACUUGAAGUGUCUGAAUUGGAACAGGAACUCAGCUGUCAGAGCGAACACUCUACACAGCUACAGAAAAUCAAGAAACUGAUAAAUGAUUCUAGAGUGCGUGACGUUGAUGCUACACGUUUAGUUAUGUUGUAUGCGCUUCAUUAUGAAAAGCAUAGUAACAAUGAUAUCACUGGGUUGUUAGAUAUGUUGAAGAAAAAAGGUGUUCCAGCAACAUACACAAAGCUUGUAUACAGUGUAUUAGAAUACAGCGGAGUUCAUGCCAGGCAAAGUAAUCUGUUCAACCACGAAGGUGUUUCUAAAAUAACAAAGAAAUUAUUCAUGGGGCUGAGCGGUGUAGAUAACAUAUAUACGCAACAUAAACCAUUGCUAGUUGAAACAUUAGAUGAUCUGUUGAAAGGAAGGUUGAGCACUCAAACAUUCCCCUAUUUAGGAAAUAUGGUCAUGUCAAAAAGACCUCAAGAAAUUAUUGUUUUCAUAGUGGGUGGUGCGACUUAUGAAGAAAGUCUGGCUGUGAAUAAUUUGAAUAAACAAAAUCCAGGAACAAAAAUAAUUUUAGGCGGUACGACAAUUCACAAUUUCCAAACGUUCGCAGAAGAAGUUCAAAGCGCUACCAAUAGUAUAACAAGAAGAUAUCGAAGUAGAAAUAAUUAAUCAAUAAAGCUUCUACAAUACCCUAACUAAAUAUUUAUUUGCAAUACUUUUUGCUGAUGUUACACUUAUGUUGUGUAAAAUGUAUCUUAAGCUUCAAGUAUACAAUAGUUGCCACUGGAUAAUGUUUAUAUCUGUUCCGAAUUUGCAUUAGUCAGUGAUAUGUGAGCCGUUCUUUUCUUAUUUUCUUUCAUAGUCUUUGGUACAUUUAUAAUACGUUGUAUCGUGAUAGUAACUGUGUUUCUUUUAUCAAAAUUUAUCUCAGUAAGUUCAUAGCAUAGCUGCCAAUACUGAUUGUGAGUCUAAACUGAAUAACGCAAAAAAUUUCAGAUCAAAGAAACAGCUAGCGAUUUAAAAAGUUGUUGCGGUGGAGAGUAUUGAAUGACUUGUGUAUUCUCACAUCGUAUAAUCCAUUUUCGUGACUUAAAUCACUGAUUACUGAAUUUGGAAGUAAACAUUAUUCGAAAAUAAAGGCAAUUUAUUAACAUCUUACAGAUUUUAUUGUGUUUUCACUUCUGAAGGUUAGAAUUCAUUUUAACAAAAUACUACUCGUCUCUAUCGUGAUCUUCAACCAUGUAGUCCGGUGGCCCUUCCAACAUCCGGUCAUCAUUUCUUGUUACCUUCAACAGAUACAUAAUGUUUUUCAUUAGUUGUUAUUUCGCAUAAUACUGGAGCAAGUGUGGUGUUAAUUUGUUCAAUAAUUCAAUUAGUCUUGGAAAAGAUUUGUGUGAGAAUGUUCAGUUCGUUGAUAUGGCAUGUCUAAAUUACGUACCAAAAGACCAGCUUUCUUUGUUUGAUACGAAUCUGUCAAGUGACCAUAACAUUUUCAUAUUUGGACGAGAACUUUUCGAUGGACCUACCGAUCUCACCCAAAAUUUCAUUCUAUUCGGAAUCUGUAAGGGACCUCCAGGGUUUUAACAUUAUGACACUGAUUAUAAAGUGACCUUUAUCAAUUUCAAUCUAUGCUCACAAAUCCUUUUUUCAAGCCCUGGCGACCCUUAGCGAUUUGCUGUUGUGGAAAUUUUGUUGUGAUGUGUGGGAGAUAAUUAUGAUAAGGAAUCAGUCAAUCUUUUUUACAAUUUUGUCACAUACGUAUACGUAAACAAAAAUUAGAUCUUACGCUUCCAGACAUAUCCAUGCAGUUAGCGAAGAUGAACGAUCCUUGUGGUAAAUUUGUAAUUGGAAUUUACACAAGUUAUAAUGGGGAAAUUAGAAUUAGUUAACUAUGUGGGACAAAGGAUUUGUGACAACGUUAGAAAAACCAUUAUUUUGGACUUGUCUGAAGCCUAACUUCAUAAUAUCACUCACGUAAUUUUGUUUUUGUAUGAAUCUUGGACUAGUACCUAUAAAUAAUUUAUAUGUAUAUCUUGGAGCUGUAUUAAGAGUGCUUACAUGAAACUCAUCCUUAUUUACAUACCUCAACAAUGCCGGUAGAUAACGCAUAACCGACCAUGGCUACAGUAGCAAAAAUGCCAGCAAGGAAUUGGUUUCUUUUCUUGUGGGGAAAUUCGUUCUCUGAAUCUCUUCGUAGUUUUCUAACGUUUUCUUCAGUUUUUUUUCUUUCAUAUUCCUGACAUAUGUCCGGAAAGUAUUUCUGAGAUAUACGAGUUACAAACUUGACUAAAUUUAUACAGGCUUUAAGGUGAUUUUGCAAUGCAGGAUUUGGCAGUGGAGCUUUUAACAAAGGUGCAAGAUAUGAGUAGAUUAUUGCAUCCAGAGACGUAGGGUGAGGGCCAAAGAAAUACUCUCUUUCUCCCAGCCUGGUCGAUAACAAUGUCAAGCACUUCUGUGCUUCAGAAUAUACCUGCAAUUUUAAUUGAUGAACACUGGAGAUGGGUAAAUAAAUACAUACUGGCAUUUCUAAAAU